AUGGCUUAUUUGGCCCCUAGGCGCUACGCCGUUCUGGCGGACGCAGCGGGAGCCGUUGGACGCGUUUUCAACCUUUCGAAUCGCCGCCAGUUCUCGCAGCUGGCAUGUUCCGACACCGUGCAGCCAGCGGAGAGGCCAAAGUCGCUAUACGAGGCCACUGCAGUGCCUAAUCCCACAGUGCGCGGCGACAGACUGUCGUCGGAGCACCAGCCUGGGUACCAAUCAUGCCGGAUUUUUGACAACCCGAACAUCAUUGAGGUGGUUAGGGAAGACGGACGAGAGACCAUUGGUGACCGGAUUUACCGAUACAUGGACAUCGGCGGCACCCUGUCGAUGCUCAACAGCCGCAAGUUCCACAUCCUGCGCUCCCCCGCGGAGUGCCGCAAGAGCAUCAUGAUGCUGACCGAGCUGGAACGCAAGCAAGGGAUAUUUAUGAACACUGUGAUCAGCGGGCUCAUGCUGUACGUGCUAUACUAUUUCGUGCAGCACAAGCGGCACGUGUACGACAAGCCGCCGAACGUGGAGGUUGUGCCCAGGGAGUUCAACAACAACCGCCUGAAGGAUUUCACAUGGCACGGCAGCUUCUUCCUGCAGUACCCCAAGGGGCGCUGCAAGGAGUGCCGGUGGCUGGAGCUCGAGUGCAAGAAGCGCUGCUACGACAAGCUGCUACAGGAGGGGCACAAGUUCAUACUCCACGAGCCGAUGCAGCUCCCACGCAGCCGGCUCUUCCCCUCACCAUAUCCGCCCAGCCAGGCGUAA